UGUCCAGACUCAAGUGAAAGUUAGGGCUGUGAGAAAUACAGUAGGCUAUUUGAUUAGAAUUUAGGCCAUGUAUGAAUUUAUAGACAGUUUCUAGACAGAGGGCUGAAGUGGAUGCUUUGAUAUGGAAUACAUUUCCUGUCUACCUGACGCCAGUGAUGGUGCAACCUGAGCAUUGAGGACUGGUGUAGGAAAAGUAUUUAGCCUAGAGAUUUAUUUCAUUUAUUUAACCAGGAAAGUCAACCUAGAGUCAGCCUAGAGAUUGAAAAGGACGAGAUGGUAGCAUGGGAAGAGACUGCGUCGUCGAAAGAGAUGCCACGCUUUGUAAGGCGGGUGUCACUACUCUAACGCCUCCAACAUGCCAUUGUGAAAUUCUGCAUCUAAAUAUACAUUGUUAUUUCACGGACCGAUUAUGACAACCAAUGUUGGAAUAUAUUUUAUAUUUGUUCUAUUAUUUAUUGACCUAACAUAUCUAAAUCAGCGUCCGCAAUGUUUAGAUGUUCAACUGUUAUUUUGAUACUUUGUUUAUGGUGGAGUUGUAUCAAGGUCGAGACCACUGAAGCAGUAAAGUGUUCAUUUAACCUGACUGAAACCAGCGCCAAUGCGGAUUCUAUUGCACUGAAAUUAAUAACAACAGGAGAAGGGUGUAACUUCACCGUGUUUUACGAGACUAGUCGGUCCGAUAUAACGGAUUGUUAUCAAAAUGGGGAGUACACUAACGUGUAUAUCUGCGAUAUAAGGGAUUUGGAACCAGGAACAUUACACCAAUUCGAAGUUAUAUCGAAGAAUGAUGGAGAGAGGGGCAGCGUAUCGGUGCGAACAGACCCAGUGGGUCCAUCCAGGUUGGACGUACUACCAGACCAGGUCCAGGCAACCCAGUAUAAGAGCCCUAUUCAGGGUCAGAGUGGCUCCCAUGGCCUGCACAUAUCCUGGCCUCGCUCUCGUGGGCAGGUCGACUGGUAUGAGGUCACACUACAGGACACCAAAACAGGGACGAGGCGCAGUACCCGCAUCAUGGGAACUGCCGCCACUCAGUCUCGCUUCACCGCCCUCACCCCUGGCACCCUCUAUGCCCUCAGCCUGGUGGCAACAGCUGGGAACAAAACAGCCCUGCCAGUGCUGGCCACUGCAGCCACAGCUCCCUCAGCCGUCAGCGGCCUCCAGCUCUCACCCUCCUCCAGCAGCCUGGGUGUUUCCUGGCAGCCCGGUCCAGGCAGGAGAGAGGGUUUCAGGGUGCUACUGAGGGAGCAGCAGGGCGCACUAGUCAGGAACGUCACCCUUAAGAGUAGUGUCACCUCCCACACCCUUGACGACCUGUUGCCUGGGACCCUGUACACUGUUACCGUGGUGACCGAGGCUGAAGGCCUCCAGAACGCCAUCUCCAAACAAGCAUUCACAGUUCCUAGGUCAGUAACAGACCUCUUCUUGGAGAACAACGGCAGUCUGGACACCCUGAGGGCCUCCUGGGUCAAUGCUAAGGGCGGUGUGGAUGCAUACCUGGUCUCCCUGGCAACCCUAGGCUCAGCCAACCAGGACAGGAAGCUUACCCCCAACGCCACUGAGGUGGUCUUCAGCGGCCUGACCCCUGGACGGCCCUAUCAGGUGACUGUGAAGUCAAAGGCCGGAGAGCAGACAACUGAGGCAGUGGCCACAGGCAGAACAGUGCCAGCCAAGGUGUCUCAGCUGUCCAUGGUGGGCGUCAUUGAUGGCAGCGCUCUGAAGAGUACAUGGUCGCCCCCUAGAGGGGACUGGGAGAAGUACCGUGUCCUGCUACUGAACGGCACGGUGGCUCUAGUCAAUGAGACAGUGAGCAGGCUGGUUAAACAGUACUCCUUCUCUGUAGCUUCCUUGGGGCUGGUGCCUGGCAGGCUCUACACAGCUCAGGUCAUGGUGGAGAGCGGUCUGUUUGGCAACACCGCUCAAUGUCAGGGGAGGCUAGCCCCUCGGCCUGUCCAGCAGCUGAUGGUCCGUCACGGUGAUGAGACGUCUCUGAGCGUGCUGUGGUCUCGCCCCGCGGGGGUGUGGGACGGGUACACCGUGGUCUUGAGACAGGGGGACACUGUUGUGUCACAGAGGACACUGUCCCAUGACGCCAGGGAGUGCACAUUCAACGUCCUCAUGCCCGGACGCCAGUAUGCCAUCGCCGUCAUGACCAACAGUGGAGGCCUAAACAGCUCAGCUUCAGUGAUUGGACGAACCACCCCGGCGCAGGUGACCAGUCUGCGUGUGACCAACGGUGGCAGCACAGACAGCCUCCAAACCCAGUGGGAGCGGGCGGCCGGCGAGCUGGACUCGUACCGUGUGCUGCUCAUCCACGACAGCAGUGUGAUCAAGAACGAGAGCGCCCCAGCCCACACCACGGCCCACAGCUUCCUGGCGCUGAAGCCUGGUGCCCUCUACAGGGUGGUGGUCACCACUGUCAGGGCCGGACAAGCCUCCAGGCAGAGCGUGGCAGAGGGAAGCACAGUCCCUGCUGCUGUAGGUGAGGUGACAGUCAGUAACAACGGUCGUAUGGACUUCCUCAGUGUGUCAUGGCGACCAGCCAAAGGCGACGUGGAUAGUUACCUGGUCACCCUGAAGGACCGCGAGAGGACCGUCCACACCCUGGUCGUGUCCAAGUCCAGCCCUGAGUGUGUGUUCAAGUCCCUGGUGUCUGGACGGCUCUAUAAAAUCUCUAUCGUCUCCCGCAGUGGAGUCUACGAAAACCACACCAUCGUGCAGGAACGCACACAGCCCUCUAGUGUCCAGAACCCGACAGCGAUCCACUCGGCCAGGGAUGACUACCUGAAGGUGUACUGGCGCCAUGCGGCUGGGGACUUUGACUACUACCAGGUGGUCAUCAAACACAACAACAUCUUCCACCAGAACAAGACGGUUAUGAAGAGCCAGAACGAGUGUGUGUUCAACGGCCUGGUGCCCGGGAGGCUGUACACUGUCAUCGUCAGCACCUGGAGCGGGAAGUAUGAGACCAGCAUGUCCACAGACGGAAGGACCUUCCCUGCGGCGGUGAGAUCACUAGCUCUGGCUGGGCGGGGCACGGAGGACCUUCGUGUCACCUGGUUGGCUGCUCUGGGUGAUGUGGAUCACUACGAGGUGCAGCUCCUCUUCAACGACAUGAAGGUGUUCCCGCCCAUCACCCUGGGCAGCAGUGCGGGGGCGUGUGUCCUGUCCUCCCUCACCCCGGGACGCCUCUAUAAGAUCCACGUUUCCACCUUCAGCGGACCCAACCAGAGGGCCCAGUUCAUAGAGGGCAGGACAGUUCCCAGCAAGGUCAAGAACAUCCACGUGAGCAACAAUGGGCAGAGCAACAGCCUGAAGAUCAGCUGGACCCCGGGGCAGGGUGACGUGGACAGCUACUCUGUGUCGUUGUCACUGGACGGGCCAGAGGGACGCAUGCUGGAGACGCGACCCGUACCCAAACACCCAAAUCAGCUGGUCUUCAACUCCCUGCAGCCUGGACAGCUGUACAGUGUGACUGUAAGGUCUAUCAGUGGUAUACUGUUGAACAACAACACGGCCAGCGGACGCACCGUCCCCUCUGCAGUGACGGGCCUGCAGGCUGACAACAGACACACCACCUGCAGUAUUCAGGUGAGCUGGCAGGAGGCCCGGGGAGUGGCGGACGGCUACAGCCUGCAGCUGCUGGACGACAGGGGACACCUGGUCACCAACAGCUCCCAGGCCUCCUCUGGGUCCACUCCGCUCCAACACCACUUCGACGGCCUCACCCCGGGGAAGAGGUACCACGUCCUGGUCCAUACCACCAGCGGAGGGGUCCGCAGCGAGGGGGUCACCGCUGAAGCACGCACGCGUCCGGCGGCGGUUAGCGACCUCUCCAUCCAGGCCAACAGCAGCAGCAGCCUGUCCUUCCACUGGUCUCCCCCAGAGGGAGAGUUGGAAGGUUACGACCUCUACCUGUACAAUGGAGACGACACCCUGUACGACCGGCGCAGCGGCCAGCCUAACACGCUGCAGGUCUCCUUCCAGGGCCUGAGGCCUGGUGCCCCCUACAGAAUGGUGGUGUUAACACGCAGCGGAGAGCAGACCAACGACUCAGCUCUUUGGGCCAGGACUGUCCCGGCUGCAGUGACGUCUCUGCAGGCCCGAAGUCGUCCCCAGUCGGAGGUGCUCUGGGUGUCGUGGGAGCGUGCAGUGGGGGAGCUGAGUGGCUACCUGCUGUCUGUCUACAACCCCGAUGGCUCCCAGCAGGCAGAGGAGGCUCUAGGGCCCGACGCCACGGAGCAUGCCGUCCCCACGCUGGUCCCCGGGCGCCUCUACCAUGCUGUCAUCCUCACCCGCAGUGGAGAGCUCACAAACAGGGCCACCACUCAGGGCAGGACCGCCCCCAGACCCCCUACCUCUGUGUCAUUUGGCGGGGUCACCAACACUUCACUGGAACUGACCUGGAGUGGUCCUGCAGGCAGCGACUACGACGACUUUGACCUGCAGUGGGAACCGCGGGACCACCUGUCUGUGUUCAACCCCUACCACACCCGGACCUCCGGCAGCCGCAUCCUUAAGGGCCUGUACCCCGGACGCUUGUACAACUUCAGCCUGCGUACUGUCAGUGGGGCUGUUGGUGGUGUUGGUGAGGAUGGGAGCCCUGCCUACAGCCUGCCCAUCCACAAGAGCAUCCGAACCAAGCCAGAGCGUGUUCAGUACCUACACUGCCGCCCCCAGAACUCCACCUCCAUCUCCUGCUCCUGGGGCCCCCCGGAGGCCGACUGUGAUUCCUACACCAUUGAGUGCCUCCACCAGGACUCCCGCACACUGGUGUACUCCCGGCGUACGGGCCGCGACAGCACCCUCUACCACAUCACCCAGCUGGAGCCACACAAACGCUACACCGUCUCCAUCAAGGCUAUCUCCGACAGCAUGACCAGCGAGGCCGCUGAGGAUAGCGUGGUCACCAUGAUCGACCGCCCUCCCCUCCCUUCUCUCAGCACCCGGGUUAACAACAGGGCUGCUCUCAUCACCAAAAACACCAUCUUCUUCAAGUUUAACUGCAGCUGGUUCAGUGACAUCAACGGAGCAGUCAAGUUCUUCACAGUGGUGGUGACCGAGUCUGAAAACAAUGAAAACGUUCAACCAGCGCAGCACCACCCUCUACCCUCCUAUCUGGACUACAAAUCUAACAGUUCCGUCAAGGCCUACCAGACCAGCUACUUCCCCAGCCGCUGCACAGAGGGAUCAGACAGCGAGACCCAGAGCUUUGCGAUCAGCCUGGGUACGGGUAUGGACACCCUCGGGGGGGCAUGUGACCACCUACAGGCCCAGGACAGGGAGCAGGACACACACAGAGACCACAGAGACAACCCUUUCUGUGAUGGCCCACUCAAACCCAAAACUGCAUACAGGCUCAGUGUGCGUGCGUUCACCCAGCUUUUUGACGAGGAGCAGAGCAGAUACACCCCACCCCUCUACACAGACACUUACCUGUCCCUCCCCCUGGUCACAGAAGCAGAGCCCCUGAGCGGUGUGAUCGAGGGCAUCAGUGCCGGCAUGUUCCUCAUUGCCAUGUUGGUGGGAGUCACUGCACUGCUCAUCUGCAGACAGAAGGCUCGCAAAGUUAGUGUGCAGGAGCGGCGGGUGGUCCGAAUGAGCAUGAGGAGAGAGAGGUCCACAUCAGGAGUGCACAUGGGCGUCAGGGGUAACCGUCGUAUUUCAAGCCCCAUCAAGAUCAUGCACUUUGAGUCCCACUACACCAAACUCCAGGCUGACUCCAAUUAUCUACUGUCUGAGGAGUACGAAGACCUGAAAGACGUAGGAAGGAACCAGCCCCUGGACACAGCCCUACUGCCAGAGAACAGAGGGAAGAACCGAUACAACAACAUCCUUCCCUACGACUUGACCCGUGUGAAGCUGUCCUAUGUGGAUGAUGAUCCGUGCUCUGACUACAUUAACGCCAGCUACAUUCCUGGGAACAACUUCCGUAGGGAAUACAUCGCCACUCAGGGCCCACUUCCUGGAACCAAAGAUGACUUCUGGAAGAUGGUGUGGGAGCAGAAUGUCAAUAACAUUGUCAUGGUGACGCAGUGUGUGGAGAAAGGCAGGGUGAAGUGUGAUCACUACUGGCCCUUUGACCAGGAACCUUUGUAUUAUGGAGACCUCAUAGUCCAGAUGCUGUCUGAGUCUGUGUUGCCAGAGUGGACUAUCCGGGAAUUCAAGAUUUGCAGCGAGGACCAGUUGAACUACUCCAGGGUGGUACGUCAGUUUCACUACACGGUUUGGCCCGACCACGGCGUCCCAGAGACCACCCAGUCACUAAUCCAGUUCGUCAGGACCGUCAGGGACUAUAUCAACAGGACCCCUGGGUCUGGGGCCACCGUAGCUCACUGCAGUGCUGGUGUGGGCCGUACAGGGACCUUCAUAUCCCUGGACAGAGUCCUGCAACAGCUGGACACCAAGGACACAGUAGACAUCUACGGAGCUGUCUUCGACCUGCGCCUCCACCGCUCACACAUGGUGCAGACUGAGUGCCAGUAUGCGUAUCUCCACCAGUGUAUGAGAGACGUCCUCCGAGCCAGGAAGCUUCGCAAUGAGCAGGAGAACCCCCUCUACCCCAUCUAUGAGAAUGUCAACCCUGACCCCCAAAGAGAUAUGGUGUAUGCCAGACGUUAAAGAUUGUAAGGACUACUGAAGGAGAGAACUGUUUGUACUUUCACUAGUAUAGCACUGCAGGGACACAUGUCAAUUCAAAUGUUCUACUAUUUCUGUUGAUUGUUCUUUUCUAGAUAUUAUGAAAUAUAGAACACUUUAUAGCUAUUAAAUGAUAUAAGAAUAUAUAUUAACAGAAUUGUAUAUACUUGCCUUAUAUAUGUGUGUUUGUAUAUAUGCUUUACAUUUGCAUCAUUGGCUUUCGUACACAGUGUUUUCAUUUUGUUUGUUAAGCUGCCAUUUAUACAUUAUUACGUGGCACAGACCAAAAACCUGUAAAAAAAAACUGUAAAAAAUCUGAUACUGCAUAAGUAAAAAUGAUCUAACAGUAUUCACAUAUCUACAGUAAAUGUACAGGCUAUUGCAUCUUUCACAAGUCACAUUUUUGUCAAAUGUUAGACAAAAAUGCUUUCUGUUUGAAAUUAUGCUUAUUUUCAUAAGCACUGAAAUCAUUCAAAAAUAUCUGAAAUAUGUAUGUAGAUAAACCCAUUACACAUUUAUUUGUAGAUAUUGUACAGCCCGUGCGAUAUAUUGCUUGAAUAGAAAAUUAGUCAUGCAAAAGGAUGACCAUAUGAGAUAUGAAAGCACACAGUUUAUGUUGUGUAAUCCAUAUAUGUAGCCUGUAAGAUAAUAAUGAUUUUUGUGUAUAUUUUAUGUCUUUUUUUACACAUCAUUUGAUGUAUUUAAAAUCAUGUCAUGGAACUACAAAUCACACACAUCUACAAUGUGCAAAUCCACAACCCACACAUUGGCAAACAUGAUUGUAAUCAUAUGAGUGAUUGAUGGAUUCUGUGAAUCGUUACACAAAUUAUAGUAGUUACUGUAUGCAGUUUCCCAUUUUGCAAUCUAAGUAGAAAAUAAGAAUUUGUUCUUAACUGACUUGCCUAGUUAAAUAAAAAUAAAGGUAGAUCUAUAAACAUA